AUGAAAACUUUGGGAAUUUUGGUGGUGUUGAUCGGCGUUGUCUUAGGACAACAACCACCGUCCGGAACGCCUAGUGCUGCGGAAGUGCUUGCUGAAAGCAUUAAUGGAGCUACCGUUCAUGAAUUCCGUGGAUAUUAUAAGAGAGAGCAUUCACUUAUCAAACCAUACACUGGCGGCAGCAUGGAUAUUCCAUAUUGGAAUAUUCAAGGAAGCACUUUUGUGACAUCGCAACACAUUCGUUUGACUGCUGAUGAGCAAAGCAAAGCUGGAGCAAUUUGGAAUACUCAGCCAAUGUAUUCACGUGAUUGGGAGCUUCAGGUUUCUUUCAAAGUUUCUGGAAGCACCGGUGACAUGUUUGGUGAUGGAAUGGCGAUUUGGUACGUUUCGGAGCCGAAUCAAAUGGGACCAGUGUUUGGAGGAAAAGAUUAUUUCAAAGGACUUGGAGUUUUCUUAGAUACUUACAGCAACCAUAAUGGACCACAUAAGCAUGGACAUCCAUUUAUUUCUGCGAUGGUUUCUGAUGGUUCACUUCAUUAUGAUCACGACAAAGACGGCACUCAUACCCAGCUUGGAGGAGAAGAUACCGGAUGCACUGCCAAAUUCCGCAAUAAGGAUCACGAAACUCAACUGCUGAUCCGUUAUGUUGGAGAUACCCUUUCGAUCUUCACCGAUAUUGACAACAAGGGUGUUUGGGAGAAGUGUAUGAGUGUGAACAAUGUUCAACUUCCAACUGGAUACUAUUUUGGAAUGAGUGCUGCUACUGGAGAUCUUUCAGAUGCACACGAUAUCAUCGCAGUCAAGGCGUUUGAACAGGAAUUCGCCCAUGUUGAACGUGUUGGGGAGAUCGAUCGCCGCAACGUUGUCCCACAUGCUGAAUUCACUGCUUCUCCACGUGAUCAUUCAGAAGAUGUUCGACCGUCUCGAUUGGGAUGGCUUGGAACUACAGUUCUUGUUGUUAUUGGGAUUAUUGUCGUUGUGGGAGGAAUUGGAUUUGGUGUCAUCUACUUGCAGAAGAAGAACGAGCGUCAACGCAAGCGAUUCUAUUAA